AUGAGGUCAAUAAAAAAUCCGACAAAGUUGACAAUUGAAAAAAAAAACGAAAUCCUUCAGAAGUUAGAGAGCGAUCAGACUCCAAUAAACGCAGCCAUCAAGUAUAAUAUUUCAUUAAAUGCCGUGAGUGAAAUAUAUGAACAGAGAGAAGAGAUUAUAAAUCAUUUCAAGAUCAAGGGAAGACCGGCACAGAUACAGGAUAUAGAAGGAAUUCUUUACCAGUGGUGCAUAGGAUGUGAGAAAAAUAACAUAAAACUGACAAUAGCAGAGAUACGGAGAAGAGCUAUGGAAUUUAAUGAAACACUAAACGGAGAUCCUAGUUUUAUAGCUAGUUUAAAUUGGGCGAAAAGCUUUAUGCGGCGUUACAAUAUCAAUCAAGAGGAUGACGACAAAAUCCUAACUCCAAGUAAAAAUUCAGUGAAUGACUUCCGAAUUAGAUUUAAGCAAUUAUUAGAAGAGGAGGAUAUCAUAUUUCCGAACGUUUACAAUGCCAGUUACACACCAUUACUGUGGAAAGCAGUACCAGAAAGAACUUGGAUCUUUCAAAAUGAGAAUAAUGAUUGCCCACAAAUGUAUAAGGAUCACGUUAUUACAUUUCUUUGUGCCAAUGUUACCGGAACUCACAAGUUGCCGGUACUAAUAAUCGGCAGAAAUGGGAAAACUGUAGGUUCAUACAAUUUGAAUAUAAAUGCCUCCUCAACUACCUAUACAGGAAAUGACAGUGAUUGGGUGGACAUCAACAUUUUCAAUAUGUGGUUCGAGAAAUGUUUCUUAAAAUCAAUUAAAGAGAAAGAAAAGAACGCCAAGCGCAUAGAGAAAACUUUGUUGUUAGUAAAUAAUGCUAAGUGGCAUUAUUAUCUCGAGGAUAUAAAUAAAAAAUAUGAAUUCAUUAGAGUCAUAACUUUUCCAUAUAACGUUGCAGCACUCAUAGAACCAAUGGAAUGUGGAAUAAUCGAAUGUUUCAGGGGAAUGUACCGAAAAGAAUUGUUGGAAACAUUAAUGCCAUUACCUAACUGCAAUACGCAGGAUAAUGUGGCAAAAAACCAUUACGAUUUAAUCUUGUGGGAUUGUUGCCGUAUGAUACAUAAUGCUUGGUCAAAUGUCAAUAGUGCAGUAAUGCUAAAAGCGUGGAACCAGAUUGUGAAGACUGAAACCAGAAAGUGUGCCAAGAUAGUCAUAGCCAAGAAUAUCGCACGGAACGCAAAGGAAAUAUUUGAUUUGCUGAUGAAAUUACCAGGAUGCCAAAGCUGCCUGAAAGACCAUGUAAAAAAUUGGUAUCAACUUGAUAAUUUAGAUACCAUGGUCAUGAAAGUAUAUAGUGACAUAGUUCUUCGAGAUUUUCGAAAGGAAAUUACGGAAAAAUCGAAAUAUACUGUCGACAAUGAAGCUGGCACUUCUAAAAAAAGAGCUAACAUAGUUUGA